AGGAAAAUUUGCGCGCAGCCGCAGCGAGCCGUCGCAGCGGCAUCGCUCGUCGCGAAGUCCGUACCAUUCUACUGAAGACGGCUGCCCGCGCGCGCGGGGCAGCAUGCCGCAUUGAGGACCGCAAAUGAGGGCCGUGCUGCUCCUGGUGGCCGCGGCGGCGGCCGAGAAGAGGUCGUGGUUCGGCUCGUCGCAAAAAAAGGAGAAGCCCGUUACACGAGAAGGCCGCGCCGUCCAGCUCGCGCGGAAGGUGCUGGAAGCUAGGACCCUGGAAGAUGCCCACGCUCUGGCCCGAGCGGCCGCCCAACUCCUCCAGACGCCUUCUGUCCAACGGCCGCCCGUGAAUAAACGCUGCACCUUACCAUCUUUAAGUCGACGAGAUGCGAGAGGCUGCCAGCGCGUCGUGGCCUCCGCAUCCGCGAGACCACUCACCAAAACCGCUUUGGACAGAGGCGGAUUCCUCUGCCGAGCACUGUUAGUCUUGGAAGCCGCGCAUCAUCGAGGCCCGGCCUCGUCGAAGCGCGACGCCCACCUGGGCGCCAUCGACGCGGCCUGCGCCUUCGACGCGACGACGUGGCGGCCGCCCGCCGCAGAUCAGCAUGCCAAAAAAAUAGUCGUGGCCAUCCACCACAACGGCCUGGGCAAUCAAUUGUUCCAGUGGGCCUUCGGCAAGCUCGUGGCGCUCGAUGCCGGGGCGGCGUUCGCGGCGCGCAAGAUGCGCGAGGACGAGGGGCCCGUAAAACCGCAGCGCGUCGCGCCGCACACGAUCGAGGGCUGGAAGGCCUUCACGGACGUGUUUGGGAAGGCGUCGCUCGGCUACCAAGCGGACGCCGACGCGAAAUGUGCGCCGUUGAUACCUGUGGAAAGUCAGUAUAGGGAGAAAGGGACUUUACUACUUGUGGAGCGGCCGGCGGAUUCUCGACGGUUGGCUUUCCCGAAGCAGGUGCAGAACUUCGCUUCGUCGCUCCAGGACGACACGCAAUGUAUUUCGUUGCUAGGGUACUGGCAGCGCUACUCGUUGUAUGCUGGUCUACGACCGCAAUUGCGAGACGCGAUGCGGGUCCAAGAUGGUGAUUUAGAGGAGCGACCAGACAGUGACGACGUCGUGGUCCAUGUUAGGUUGUGUGACGGCCCUGUGCACCAGUACAAGUACUACAGCUGGAAGAAUUAUUUUUCCCAUGUUUUACCACGCUUGCAACCGCCACCGAAAAGAAUCAAGAUCGUGACGGCCUGCAACCCGCGACGGAAUGGUGUUGUGAAAGAUCUGCUGGAGAACGUACCGAACGCCGAGGUGGCCAAGCCUCGGCUGCGAGGUAGUCCGACGACCGCCAAAUCAGUAGCUGCCGAUUUCGCCUAUAUGGCGCGGGCCAAAAGGUUAGUAGUGACGGAGUCGACCUUCAGCUUCUGGGCGGCGUUUCUGGGCGACGCUCAUGAGGUCCACGCGCCUUCUGCUGGUGUGUUGCCGGCGCCGUUGGGUGAAAAGGGCUACGUCUUCCACGACGUCGAGGCCAAGGCGUACUGGGGCCUUUAUAAUGCGACGGCGCGGCGCGUGGCGUAUCGGUACGGGGGGGAGUAAAUGUUUUUAUCUUG